UUGAAAAUGGCGGCGGCGUCGGGCGACUCUGGUUGCUGUUCUCUGGAGAGAUGUGUGAACAGGCUGAUAGCGGCUGGUUCUCCCUCAGUCAGGACUAAAUCCCAGGCCGAGCCGCUGUACCUGCUCUCCCUGCAGCGCUACGGCCGGGACCCGGACUCCAGCCUGCUGUUUCCGGACAGCGUGUCCGUGUCCGAGAGCCUGUUCGACGCCAUGGUGACGGAGGGUCACUGCAGACUGCGGGUCUCUCUGGACCCCAGCCUGAACAGACUGGUGCACAGGAACCAGCUGCGCUGCGGCAGCGCUCUGAGGAGCGUGGUGUUCUCAGGGGGAGGAGGAGGAGACCCUCGGACUGAGGGCAGGACCUUUCAUAUCUGCAGUCUGGAGGUGGACAGUGCGAGCGGGGGGGACGCAGCCCUCAGAGCGCUGUCCUCAGUGUCCGUUACCUCCUUGCCCUGGCUGGGCUCUGAACCCAGCCUGCUGCCCCUCAGAGCCCGCAGGAGCUCCUACCUCCCACUGUGGAACAACCACGACUUCACUGGGGAGGUGUGGAAGGACACGCCCCCCUGCGAGCACGGGGAAGAUGAGUCUGAGGAUGAGCAGCAGGUGGAAGACAGUCGGCCGGUAGUGUCUCUGGCAGCGCUGCGUCGACAUUUCCUAAAUGGCUCACGGCGUCCAAGAGGUUCUCUUUGUGUGCGGAUUCUACACAAGUCCAGGCUCAUGUAUUAUGGGAAAGCAGAGCAGAGUAGUGAAUGUCCAUAUAAGGCAGAGCUACAAGUCGCGGAUGGCUCCUUAAGUGUAUCAGUGGUGCUGUGGAACACUGUGUGUUUAGACUGGUACCGUUGCCUGCAACCUGGUCAAGUUUUGAGGCUAAGCCGCUAUCGAGUCAAGGAGAGCUACGGCAGUCGUAGUGGACAAGACACAGAGCCAAACAUUGAGAUCAGUCUGAACUCAAGAAAUCCAGCGGCCAAAAUCUCCAUUGUUCCAAAGCAGCACAUUUCUUCAGAGUGGAGUUUACCAGACCUGCCUCAUAACUUCCUCUGCGGACAGGAGCUGCCAAAUUGCCCCGAUAGAGAUAUCUGUGAUGUGAUUGGUGUGGUUACUUUUGUGGGUCGACAGGAGCGCAUCAGGAGGAAAGAUGGGCAGAGGACAGACUUUGAAGAGUAUCGGUGGCUUCAAUUGGAAGAUGGGACAUCGGAACAGCCAAUCACAGUCAAGUUAUUUUCUACGUCGCAGACGGAUAUACAGUCUCGAAUCCAGCCAAUGGCACUGGUUGUUUGUACUCGGCUCAAGCUAUUAAGGAAAACAAUUGGCACAACAACGUCUUUUGAAUAUCUGACCAACACUCUGCUUACCCAGGUGUACUGUACAGGUACCGGAUCCCACCCUGUCAUGCCUUACAGAGGCCUCCGACCAAUCAGGCAGUUCCUGCAGUGGCUAAAACAGGUGGAUGAGGCCAGCAUACUUGACAGGGCUGUGAUGGGAGGAUAUUUUAGCUACCCACCCAUUUCUGUUUCCCUGCAAAGCUUCAUGAACAACAGAGAAGGUGAUGCUGGUUUGAUCAGUGGGAGAGAAAUGAAGCUGCAGUGUGACCGACUUCACUACAGAGAGAGACGACGCUUCGCUAUUCAGUGCACCAUCACUGCAGCCUGCUACCACAACAGAGAGGACUCUGGGAGGAUACGAUAUUCAGACCCACCGUCUGCUCAGCUCAGCCCAAGGGUGCCAAGACAAAGAGAGGGUUCUGACAUUUUUAAAACUCCAGCAAAGAGGAAAUUGCUCUUCACCACUGGCACUCCCGGCAGCGCCAGGAAAAGAUUGGCCCCACCUAUUCCACAGUCAUCAACAGACGUGGAUGCAGAGAACGAGUUUUCUCUGUUUGAUGGAGCUAUGGAGUUUCUGGUUGGAGAGGAUGAUGACGAAGAUGAAGAUGAGGCUUUCCACAUUGCACCCACCAGCCCUAUGUCUUCCCACCUUGGCAUACCCAGUGUCGCCAUGGAGACAUUACCACGGAGCUUCUGUUACGAACGCAGACAUGUCCAGGCGGCUGCCAUGGGAAUGCAGACCAACAGCUUCCAUAAACUCCUCCCACAAAGAGAGCUGGAGACAUUUAGCCCUGCCUCCUGCUAUACCGGCUACUUCACAUUAACAAUGAGAGCUCUGUCAGAUGGAGUUAUGUUGGAUGUCCUCUUCUUCCCUGCAACCCCUGGGAACCUCCACUGGAGGCCACUCCCAGUGACACAUGACAACACCUGGGAAUCUGUCCUAUCACAUGGUGGCUUCUCACCACAUGCUCCACCCCCGACUCCAGUUGACUUGAUUGCCACAGCAACACAGCUGACCAAUCAGAGACUCGUGUGCAUUUUAGAUGCAUGUGCACUGGGCGAAGACAAAGUGGAACUGGUUUUAAACCGUGCCUUUCCUUUACGAAGCUGACUGUCCUCUACAAAAAAGUAGAUAUCCAGAUUUUCAGUAGUUAAUUUAUAAAAAAAAAUAUAUAAUCUAACUACCCCAAAUUCUGGCUAUGUAUACGCUAUAUUUAAACAGCUUAGUUGAGGGAACAUCUUGUUGUAUAUAUGUAACAUAAAUGAUUUAUUAUUUGUUUUGUAUUGAAUAUUUUGAACGCAUUUUCCAGCUUGCAAAUGCUUUUAAAGAUGGUAUGUUGGACCCAUUAAAGCCAUCUAAUGAAGGACUUUCAGUUUGGACAACUCUAAACACCUGUAUUUUUAACAAUUGUUUUAGAAAAGUAUUUAUAUUAUUUAUGUCAGAGAUAAACAGUGCUGUAGAUUGCUUCAUAAAGUCUGUUUAUUUUUUUAAAUAAAUCAUUGUUUGUACAGUUA